CCAUGGGCAGAUAUGAAAGACCAGAUGUGCAUGGAUGUGUCGGACUAUAGAGAUACAUAAUGCGGUUUCAGUCAAAUGCCAAACCAUAUCCUCUUGAUUCGUGAAGCAUCUACCAUGAUGAAGGUUAUCGUCUGCUUAGCUGUUGUGGCAUUCCUGGCUGGACAAAGUCAUCAGCAAUCUUCUGAUGAAGUCUGCGACCUUAAACCAGAAGUCGGAUUCUGCAGGGCGCGGAAACGUCGCUUCUUCUACGACCCUGGGACCCAAAAGUGUAAGAGGUUUAUCUACGGCGGCUGUGGUGGCAACGCUAACAACUUCAAGAGCAUCGCUGACUGUGAGAAAACCUGCGCUCCAGUCUGCAACCUGGAGCCAGAAAAAGGAUUAUGCAAGGCGUAUUUCCAUCGGUUCUACUUCAACCACGUCAGCCAAAAGUGUGAGACGUUUAUCUACGGCGGCUGUGGUGGCAACGCCAACAACUUCAAGAGCAUCGCCGACUGUGUGAAAACAUGUACCUGACCUGUUACGUUAAUAAAAUCGUGACACCGA